AUGAGAUUGUCGCGACCCACGGUGUCGCUGUAUGUAAUGGAGGGGUCGUAUAUUGCCUGCGCGUUGCUCCUAUUGAGUCCUCUAGCACUCAGCCGACACGAUGAUGACUUCGCAUUCGACAACAACGAAGAAUUUCAGGUGGAAUUGACAGCAAAUCAUUCCGAAAUAGCGAAAAAUGGCCUAAGAAGGUUAUGGGGCGUCCCGGACACAUCGGCCUACGUGGGACAUCUAUUCAGGAUGGAAAUCCCGAAGGAGGCCUUCACCGGGGAAGUUUUAGCAUAUAAGGUACGAAGGGAAGACGGUCGUCAUCUACCAGGUUGGCUGGCUGUCGAUACUAAACACGGUCUGGUCAGUGGUGUGCCACAGAAACAAGAUCUGGGAGCACAUAGUUUCACAGUUAUAGCACACGGAAAAACACACGGUCUCACAGCCACAGACACAUUCACUGUUGAGGUGAAAAAAGCAGAGGAGAAGCCCCAAUCGAAAUACGGCACGUGUGUCAGAAAUGAAAAUAGACUGGUUUUGGUGAUUCUGAUAGACGGAGCCUUCCAUAGGAUUGUACCGCGGCAAAGGAUACGAGCCCUCAUGGAACUAGCGAGCUUUAUGGCUUUAGAUGGUGAUGAAUUCUGGAUGGAGCCUUAUAAGGCUGAGUCUGCACAGUCGCAUAUCGUUCUGAUGAGCGGGCCCGGGACCACGCAGCGGAGGAAGAGUGACGCUACUACCGCUAUAUAUUUGAAUGUUGGUUGUGGUGAGAAGUUAUGGUCGCGUCAUAAAGUCCUUGUUUCCGGUCUUAGAGAACAAUCCCGGGAUGGAACUCUGCAUCAAAUAUUACGUCUGCCCGUAUUAGGAUGGAGGUUGAUUGCUGUUAAAACACUACCACGGUUAAAAAGACAGUCUGAUUUGGACGAUGGGUCGGGCGCCUACGAUACCUAUGACGACGAUGAAGGCGACUACAGCGGCUACGACGACGACGACGACUACGCCGCCGGACUCGACGUAGGCGCCGUUCCCGACAUCGUGGACGCCCCAAAACCCCCGCACCCACACCGUCACCACCACGGCCAGCCCGACUUCGCGCCACACACCACCACCGACACGUUUCAGACCGAGCUCACCGACAACACGGCGAUAACCGACCCCCAACCUCCGACCGAACCCCCGACGACCCCCGAACCCCAACCCCAACCCCCGAUCCCCUCCACGCCAGCCGCGACGCUUGUGGAACACACGCUCACGGAGACCCCCGAAACAGCCUCAACUAAUACGUAUACCACGGAGGAUCACAAAGUUAAAAUCACACCGUAUUCUGAAUCCGCAUCUGAGUCGACUCAAGUGAAGAUGACGAAGGAACAUUUGGCAACCAUACCGAGAAGAUUAGACGAACAUUCACCCAUAAUAAUUGUCCCAGAAGAUAUUCCCACCACAACUGAACCGGAAGAGUCCACCGUUAUAAUACAAGCGUCCAACGAACUACCGACGUCAAUGGAAACACCGACGUCACCGUCGUCUACAGAAGAAACGAUUACUAUACCAAUAUCCUCUACGUCUACUACGACGUCAACGACGCCUGAACCGACAACUGUUGAGACGACGUCGUCAACGACCACGUCUACGACGUCAACUACGACGAGUACGACCACUCCUACGCCUACACCUACGCCAAUUAUAAUAUUGACGUCACCAUCGACUACGCCAACUACGACGCCAAUCGAUUCAACCACACAGGAAGUCACAAAACAGGAUACCAUAACUUCAACGGAGCGCACCAGUACUAUAGUUGGUAGAACAACAGAGACUGUUCCUUUCCCUAUGCCGGUGAAUCAGCCGCCGACACUCAAACAUCAUAUGAAGAAACUAGCUAUUACAGCCGGAAAAGCCUUCAGAUACAUUAUACCAGCCGAUCUAUUCACUGAUCCCGAAGAAGGCAGCAACUUAACGUUUAGGAUGUAUGAAGAAGAAAAUGUACCACUUAACAAGAACUCCUGGAUACAGUUCCUACCACACGAACGAGAGGUCUAUGGACUACCACUAGAAGCGCACGUGUCUCGCUGGAACUUCAUAGUAGAAGCUCAGGACAGCGAAGGUCUUGUAGCAAGAGGACCUCUCGAUAUAACGGUACAACAACACAAGAGUGGCAGAACUAUCAACCACCAGUUCAUAAUGAAGAUGAAGCUACAGAAUAAUUACACCAACGCUGUUGACUGGCAGAUAAGAGCGUUAGAGGGCAUCGUGAAUCUGUUCAGAGAUACAGACAUGGACCAUCUGACUGUACUGAACACUACGCAAAACGGAGAUCUGUAUGAAUUCGUAUGGACCAACGACACCCUGCCUAAAGACCCCGCCUGUCCUAUGGACGAUAUAAACAGGCUUAUGAGGAUAAUGGAAUCCGAGCCGGAUUCAGGCAGUCCGUCUGCCAGUUUGUCUCGAGCGAUGUUCCCGGACCUCAAAAUAUCUGAGGUGAGGUGGCGCGGCGCGGGCCGGUGUGUGCCCCCCUCCACCCGCCCUCACGAUACAUACCCCCCCGUCACUAGGAACCAAGUAGACCAUCUAACAGCUACUGUUGGACAUUUACUACUGUAUAAAGUGCCAGAGGACACAUUCUUCGACCCAGAAGACGGUGGUACUCGCAACCUGCAACUGUCUCUAAAGUUCAGCGACCGCUCAGAGAUCCCUCCAAACCACUGGUUGCAGUUCGACGCACGAAACCAGGAAUUCUACGGCCUGCCCGGACCCGGGGAUGAAAAGAUUGUACAUUAUCAGCUGAUCGCGGAAGACUCUAGUAAGAAGAGUGCGUACGACAGUCUAAUAGUGGAAGUAGCUAAGGCGCCGACCAUACGACCGACCGUUGAGUUCCAAAUGACUAUGGACCCGUCGCCACUUGCGGAUAGCGCCACAAACAAGAGGAAAGUUGUAGAGAAAUUGGCUGCACUAUUCGGACAGACUGACACAGAUAAUAUACGGAUACAGAGCAUCACAGAUAACCCCACUACUAUUGUAUGGUACAAUACAAGUCUGCCAAUGGACAGAUGUCCCAAACGGGAAAUUGAGGAACUACGAAGGAUGAUAAUAGCGGACGAACGUGGAUCUGUCGGCGGGAAUCUCAAAGAACACGUCGAUCAGAUAUUCGACAAAGACCUAAAGGUCAUGUCCAUACGACUAAUACCAUUGGGACUUUGCGCGGAGCAGAAUACGAAGACACCCAAAACAAUGGCGCCCUCUCACGGACCGAAUCUACAGAAUAAAGCUACUAACGCGAGCCCCGAAUAUUCUGAUUAUUUAGUGACGUUCGUGGUACCGGCCGUCGUUAUCGUUUGCAUGAUCGUGGUAGCGGCCAUCAUCGCUUGCGUACUAUAUAAGAGACGGCGAACUGGUAAAAUGAGCGUCGGUGACGAAGAAGAGCGUCAGGCGUUCAGAUCUAAAGGGAUUCCUGUGAUCUUUCAAGAUGAACUCGAAGAAAGAGUUGAAACUGAGCCGGGAGAUAAGAGUCCUGUUAUUAUGAGGGAAGAAAAACCACCCUUACUGCCUCCCACGCCAGAUUAUCGUAAUGAAGACGCUCCCUAUCGCCCCCCUCCGCCCUUCGCAGCCUCCCGCACCCCCCCUCGACCUAAAGCAACCCCUACUUAUAGAAAACCACCCCCCUACGUACCACCCUAA